AUGAACGAGACACUUGGCCGGACGACGACUGCGACAAAGAGCACCGACGAUGUAUGUGUCGGCGGAGCCUCCUCCGAAUCGGACCGGCUGCGAAAGAAAGAAGAAGAAAUCGUUUUCCUGAAAACCGUCGUGCAGAGCAUCGACGUGCUGAAGCUUUUGCUGAACGACUAUGGAGGUUCGAUCGAUUCGUUGAAACUGGAACUCAAGAAGAAGAACCUAAACAUCGAGCAAUUGCAAUUCAGACUGCACAGACCCAAACUCGAUUCGUCGGUCGAUCUCAAAGAGCACAAAUUGUUCGUGCCCGGGCACGACAAGGAGGUUCUCGACCAACUGCUGAGGGACAACGUGCGAUUGCGAACCGUCCUCAACUCGAAUUACAGUUCCGAGGAAGUGGCGGAAGCGAAGAAGACGAUCGCCGCUCUCAGGAAAAGGAUAGCCGAACUUUCGUUCGAGGUCCGUACGAAAGAUAAGGAGCUGACCGAGUACCUGAGCGCUACGAAUUCUUCCGACUCGGAAAAGGACGUCGCGAUUAGAAAACUGACGUCGGAGCUGAAUGAGUGCUACGGACAGCGCAGUUACGCCGACGACGUCUGCCGAACGCUCUGCCGCGAGAUCAAACGGAUGAGAUCGAAGAUCGACGAUCUGGUAACGGGCAAGAUCGACGUGGCUCGGGAGCCGAGGGAUUACGAACGAAGGGAAAAGGAUGUCGGCGAACAGAGAAAUUGUGGGUCUCUCUCAUCGGAAGAUCGAUGCAAGGUCUUGGAGGAACAAGUGUCGAGCUUGGCAAGGGAAAACGCCGAACUUUCGAAACAGCUGAAGGAAGUCAUAAGCAUAAACACCAGAUGGCAACGUUACUCGGAUCAACGUGAAGCGCACGUCAUCAAGCUUACGGGAGAAAUCCAGUCGCUUUCAGCGAGGAACGAAAUGUUGGAGAGGGAUUGCCGCGAACUGCGCAUGGGCCUGGAUAAGAAAUGCCGAGAGCUUGAUGACUUGCGUUUCGCAAAAACAAACGAAAGUGCCGCCGUCGGGGAAGUUUCGUACGAGGAGGAAGAGGAGGAAGAAGAGCCGUUGAGAUGUCCCAGGUGUUUCAAAGCUUACACCGUCAUGGAACACGCUUCGUUGAUGCAGCACGUCUUCGAUUGCGGCGGCGGACACGACAAAGAUUUCGAUGUAUUUUAUUAA